AUGGCCGACAUCAGUGAGCUGGCCUGGCUCACGUACCUUGUGCUGCACAGUGGUCAUUUAGUGGAGCUGAGUGACGAACAGUUUGCCAAGUUGCCCCGCUUGGAGCUCCUGGUCGUAACCGGAACUUGCACAGAACGGGUCUCUGCUAACGCUUUCGAGGGGCUCUCCAACCUGUGGUUCCUCUCCCUCCAAAACAACAGCCUAAGCAGUUUGCCGGAUAAUAUUUUCCAGCCACUUCUUAAUCUAAAGUACCUGUACCUUUGCAGUAAUAAGCUCGUUGCUCUCCAGGAAAAUAUCUUUAUUCAUAAUCCAAGACUCAGAACGUUAGUAAUUUACGGAAAUCCGCUCACAAAGCUAUUGCCAAAAACUCUGGAGUCUUUAACAGAGCUUAACGUUUUGGACCUGAGCAACUGUAGUUCCCUGCAUGAGCUCCAAGUGCACAGCACCGAGUUCCUGAUCUUAAACAAUAGCGGUAUUAACCGACUCGACAUAUUGGGCAAGGUAAACAAAGUUCAGGCCGAAAACAACCAAAUAACCGUUCUUAAAAUCGACAACAAACUUCCACUCACCGAGCUGGACCUGCAUGGCAACAAGCUGGAAUCCCAUAUAUUAGCCGGAAUCCUCGUGGGCAUGUGGAGACUCCAACGCCUGGACCUUUCUAUGAAUCACAUAGGAGAUCUGCCCACCCUCAAGAGCGCUAAAUCUGGCGAGGUCUUUAUUUUACCCAAUCUCCGGUUUGUCAACCUGUCGGGCAAUCGGUUGGAACACCUGCGAGGCGAUUCGCCCAUGCUAUCGCCCAGUCUCACCCAUCUGGACCUCUCGUACAACAGGAUUAGUUUUAUAGAACCACAUGUCUUCGGCGUAGUUAACAAUCUUCAGAGCCUGCACAUUGAGGGAAACCUUAUCAGACACUUCAAAUACAAACGAUUUCACAAUGAACAAAGGGGCCUGAAAGAGGUGGCUCUCUAUGAGAAUGAGUUCAGCAAGGAAAGCUACUACAAUAUCACUAAAUAUUUCACGGAGGCCGGUGUUCUCGUAAUAGAGAAACAUCAAAAUGCUGUUGUAGAGACAUUUGAGCAGGAAGCUUCGGAUGGUUGGAGUUUUUGGGAGGUCCUGAUCUUUAUAUUCCUGUUGUUUGCUUUGGCCUCCAACGUUGUUCUGUUUCUGCGACUCCAACGUGCCAGCGGAUGUUCUUACGGACCAAGAAGAUCCUCGAGAUUGAAGGCGAGUUUCAUCAGCAUUAAUGACCCCGAUAAUUGA